UGACAUUACACGUGGUUGCAGCCCGCCUGCCCCAACCGGGUCGACAGCGGUCUCGCGCACGUCCACGACAGUGCCUCUACUCAGCUACCUAGGCCUCUUGUGACACUGAGAAGCUCCCCCAAAAGGCCAGCAACGCGAAACAAAAGGAACAUGUACCAGUCGCUCGCACAGAAGCGAACAAUGUCGUGGGCAGCCGCCGAAUUGCUUACCGACCGAGGUGCCGUGGAUGCGAACUGCCAGCCACCAACGACAACAAACGGCCCCACCCGACACGGUCUUGGCCUGAGGGGAAAGAGGAGACGAUGGAGACGAGCUUGGGAACAUUAGGAAGCUGAGCCCGAGCAGACACGUCGAAGAAUGGUCAGCGAUGUGAAUCGGGCCCGCCUCUCUGGAGCAUAUGACGGGCGCUUGUCGAAUGGGGGGCUGUCAAAACGACAAAAAAUCGGUGGUCCUUCCCCAGAUUCCCCAGCCCUCCCCGGUUCCCCAACUUGUCUCCCCCGCAGGCCUUCCCCAGAGUAGAGUCUUGGACUGGAGAAGGCGGAGAUGAAGGCGAGGCGAUGGGAUUUUCGGGCAUGUAUAAAUAAUACGGCGCUAUCGCUGCGACCUGGCGUCUUUGGCCUUUCUGACUUGUCCGUCAUCCACUGUAUCUGUCGGGGCACUGGAAACAGCCCACGGUGAACACACCUCAGCGGCAGAGACGCACUCCUGUCCAGAAACAAUCGUCGUCGAGCGACCGUCUACACGACCGAAAAAAAAAUCAAAAGCAGCGGAACGCCAUGGACAAGGAAAAGGGCAAGCAGGCGCCCAUCGUGGCGGCCGAGGACGACGGCGGCCCCGCGGACGACGUGGCGGUCGAGAAGGAGCGUAUCCACAACCUCGAGGCCAUGAUCGAGGGCGCCAAGCGGGCGACCGAGAACGAGCACAAGAUGGGGCUGUUUGAGGCGCUGCGCAUGUACCCCAAGGCGUCGGCGUGGAGCAUCCUGAUCUCGGUCGCCGUCAUCAUGGAGGGGUUUGACGUGGUGCUUCUCAGCAACUUUUACGCCUACCCAGAGUUCAAAAAGAGCUUCGGCAACCCGACCGGCAACGGCGACUACCAGCUCCCCGCACAGUGGCAGGCCGGGCUGAGCAACGGCGUCGCGUGCGGGCAGAUCUUCGGCCUGCUGAUCAACGGUAUCAUCGCCGAGCGCUGGGGCUACCGCAAGGUCUACAUCGGCUCCAUGGUGUGCCUGACGGGCUUCAUCUUCCUCUUCUUCUUCGCCAACAGCCUGCCCAUGCUCCUCGCCGCCGAGGUCCUCUGCGGCAUCCCCUGGGGCAUCUUCCAGACCCUCACGACCUCGUACGCGGCCGAGGUGGCGCCCGUGGCGCUGCGCGCCUACCUCACGACCUGGGUCAACGCCUGCUGGGGCAUCGGGCAGCUCGUGUCGGUCGGCAUGCUGCGCGGGCUGCUGUCGCGCACCGACGAGUGGGGGUGGCGCAUCCCCUACGCGCUGCAGUGGGUGUGGCCGCCCAUGCUGAUCGUGGUCGCGGCCCUGGCGCCCGAGUCGCCGUGGUGGCUGGUGCGCCGCGGCCGCAUAGACGACGCGCGCGCGAGCCUGCGCCGCCUGGCCGCCGCGUCGGCCAGCGCCGAGAGCCUGGACCAGACGGUCGACAUGAUGCAGCACACGAUCCGGCUGGAGAAGGAGGUGCAGCAGGGCGCGAGUUAUAUCGACUGCUUCCGCGGCGCCGACCUGCGCAGGACCGAGUGCACCGUCGGCGCGUGGGCGUGCCAGCAGCUGUGCGGGAGCGCCUUCAUGAGCUACUCGACCUACUUCUUCCAGCAGGCCGGCAUCCCCGUCUCGGCGAGCUUCAGCCUGACCAUGGGGCAGUACGCUAUUAAUACGGGCGGCGUGGUGAUUGCGUGGCUGCUCAUGGGCUCGCUUGGAGUUGGGAGGCGAACCCUCUACCUCUGGGGUGCCGUCUGGAUGUUCGUUGUGCUCAUGCUCGUCGGCGGCGUGGGCGAGCUCGGCACCACGCCCGCGUCGUGGGCGGCCGGGUCGCUGCUGCUCGUGUGGUCCGUCAGCUACCAGUUCACCGUCGGCACCAUCUGCUACUCGCUCGUGACCGAGUACCCGUCGCGCCAGCUGCUCAUCAAGACGCUCAACCUCGGCCGCGCCACCUACUGCGUCCUCAACAUCGUCAAGAACUCCUUCAUGCCCUACAUGCUCAACCCGACCGCCUGGAACUGGAAGUCGCGCACCGCCUUCUUCUGGGCUGGGCUGGACCUUCUGGUCAUUGUGUGGGUCUACUUUCGCCUGCCCGAGCCGACGGGCUUUACGUAUGCCGAGCUGGACAGGCUCUUCGAACUUGGCGUACCCGCCCGCAAGUUCCAGUCGGUCGGCAUCGACGUGUUCCGCAAGGACGACGAGCGCCUCACCGUCGCGAAGGACGCCGUGGCCCGCGCGCAGUUGGGGUCGGCGGCAGGGGAGAAGCCCGAGGUUGAGGGUCGUGAGAAGGCAUGAAUGGAUUGGGGGAUUCCGGUCUGUCUGUGCAAUGAGAUAGCUCUAACCGCCCCUCAUAUGUGCUUCCCUCGAACGGAAAGCCCGGGGGGACGUCAAACCCAAACGAACAAACCCUGUUGCGCCACCCU